AUGAACAAAGGAUUUUUAUCUAAGAAGAAUUUUCAUCCAGCCAAACUAUCCAACCAAAAGAAAGUCUGGGAAGCUGAGAGACGUAAAGAAGAAGAGAGACAUCAAAUUGAAGUGCUAAAGAAAGAACGUCUUGAAGAGCUUGAACGAGAAGAAGAAGCAAAGAGGAAUUGUCUAUUAAAAGGAGAGAAGUAUGUUGAGAGACUUAAUUGGAUGUAUGAGGCACCAAUAGGAUUUGAAGAACAAGCAAAGGAAGAAGUUGUAAGAUAA